CUUGUACCUUUCGCAGCUGACUUCAAAGUAUUUGGACCUGACCAGCCUGUCAUCGCCAUUGUGGGUGAGGACAUUGUGUUACCCUGUCACCUGUCCCCCAGGAUGAGUGCUGAGAACAUGGAGGUGACGUGGUUCCGGUCCCAGCGCUCCCUAUUUGUGCAUCGCUAUUGUGAUGGGAAGGACCAGUACGGGAAGCAAAUGCCAGACUACCAGGGGAGGACAGAGCUUUUGAAGGAUGGUCUCCCCAAUGGGAGUAUUGCCUUGAGAAUUUUCAAUAUCAGACCUUUUGACGAAGGACAGUACAGCUGUUUUGUUCAAGACACUAUUGUUUAUGAAGAAGCACUGCUGGAACUAAAGGUAGCAGCUUCAGGCUCUGCUCCUCACAUUUCUAUUGAGCAUGAUGAAGGUGGAAUCCGGUUGGUGUGUCGAUCAUCUGGCUGGUACCCAGAGCCUGCGGUGCUGUGGAUAGAUCCCCGUGGACAGCAUGUACUAUCACUCUCAGAAACAAAUUUCCAAAAAGUCAAUGAGCUGUUUGAAAUAGAAAAUUCCAUCAUUAUUACAGAGAAUUCACAUCAGAACUUGUCCUGUGUAGUCAGAAACAUCUAUACCAAACAUAAAGAGAAAUCAACAUUGUUCUAUAUAUCAGAUGCCUUUUUCCCAAGGAUGAAUCCCUGGAUGGUGGCUUUGUGGGUGAUCCUGGUGACUUUGUUUGGUUUUAUUGGCCUCACUAUUUAUCUCUUUAAAAUAAAAGGAAAACUUAGUGCUGAACUUGAUUGGAGAAAACUUGCUGCCCCUUUGGAAAAAGGUAAUCGAAUAUCAUACUGUAUCAAUGCCCAUUCCCUCCUACCAGAAAAUGUUGCUCCUUCUCCCUGA